GUCCCCAGCUACGACUUCCAAUACGUCGUCUUUAACGCCCCUGACGCGCAGCUGUUCGGGGCCUCUGAAAAACGGGACGGGGAUUUCACCAGCGGAUCUUACUUCGUGGAUCUACCUGACGGACGUCGGCAGAAAGUGGCGUACUACGUUACGCCAGAGUCAGGCUACGUCGCGAACGUCACUUACGAAGACCCAAACAACGUUCCUGUUUACGCUGGCGACGGGACUCACGAAGAUGGUACUAUUAGCGCACAAACAAGUCUUGGGGAUGAACAUUUCAGAAUCAAAGGUGGGCAUGAAAUAGAAACUGGCAAUGUUUUCAGACACAACCUAAUCAAAGAAAAAGAAAUAAAAAAUCCUCACAGUAUCUUGACGAACUCAAAUUCACGCUACAGCAAAACUUCCGAAUUUACAAAGACUUUUCCAUUGUUAGCUGAAGAUCGUAGAUACACGACUAAUAAAUCUUUUUCUUCGUUGAAAAAGUUUACCAGACCCAUCGCAAGACGACCUCUUCUGGUGUCAGGCAAAUCUACAGUUGACGAGGUAUUACUGCCCCAGCGAAGCAGCGAUAAGAAGAGGCAUCUAUUCCCAAUCCAACCUUUAAAUGAACAAACUCAAAGUCCAUCAAGUGAUUCUCAAAGUAACAUUUUCGAUUACGCUUCCUUCGUCAAGUCCCGUAGACCCGAAGACUUGAAUGCCGCGAAUGCAAAACAAGUGGAGAGAAAACGGACAAAAAUAGUUGAUAACUCGCCCUAUUUACGAACAACUCCGUCAAAUGUUGCUCAUAUGGCUAAGACUACCGGUAAUAUUGCAUCGAAAUCAAAAUCUUUCAAGCAUACCAGCGUAAGUCAACCUAAUUCCGGAUAUGUAUACAGUACCUCAGAGGUGAAACCGACCCCAAUCAUUCCCCCCUCAACCAUAAUGCAACCUCCGAAACCACUAUUCCCUCCUAAACCGUUGUCAGGUGAGUUAGCUUUUUUAACCGCCUUCAACGCCUCGACAGAGGGAAGUCUGCCAUUACCUGUUAUAACUUCCGGAACCAAAGUCCAGCCACUGACUCCCAGUGUCGAAAAAACUAGAAUUCAAGAGCCAUACAUGAGAGCUGACGAAAAUUACCGUACAUUAUCAUCGAGGUAUGUUUCAGAGAAUCAGCCGCCAGCAGCUGCCACAAAUGAGUUUGCUUUCAAUGGCAACGGCCUUGGCAUUCAGCCUCGUGUGGCGAAACCGACCCCUGUAAGAGAGCCAUUCGUCUGGAACAAAAAUGGAAAUUUCGGCAUCAGGCUUCCCAGUUCAGGUGCUUCUCAACUCAGUAAAACGGCAACCUCAUCUUCAGGAAGCUUCGGAAUAACCUUUCCAUUAUCUCAAGUAACGGGAGAGCGAGAUGCUCCGGCUGACAUUGGAGCUCAGCUUUCUUUAUUAACUCGUACUUCGUCGAGAAGAGAAAAUACGAAAGAGAAACCUAAACUAAAGGUAGAAGCUCCGUCAAUUAUAAUGUUGCCUCCUGGGGCAACAAUCCCGCUUGCGGACAGGGAUAUCAACAGCCGCGUCAACCCAACGGUUAUCGACACUCGAUCUGUAUUCAACACUCAUGAAGAUACCGAGACCCCAAAAGGUGGCAUAUCUCUACAACGCGCUACAGCAAAAGCAGCACCAUUGAACGUCCAACCAGCCUUCAACACUCAACUGAAAUUCAACGCUGAAACAACCUUCGAAGCUCAACCAAGAUCCAACACUCGUGAAGUUGUAGGGGGCCGAUCGUUAGGUAUCUACUUCCCGCGUGUUACCUCUGUUGGUUCAUUCAAUACCCAACCAACGUCCAACUCCCAGCCAACGUUCAAGACUCAAGCAACGUUCAACUCUCAGCCAACGUUGAACAUUCAGCCAAGUCAUCACAGAAACAUUGGCGCCUCGUUAGGUGGCGUCCCAUUACCUGGUCAAUGGACAGAAGAUGGACAUAGGAUAACUGACAUCAAACAGCAGUUCAAUGGCCACCGAGAACAAAAUCAUGACUACAGACAGCGACACCACGACCAAAACAACCGGCAACAGACUGAUAGCAACAGACAGCCGAACUAUAACAGACUGCCUACUGGUGAAGACAACAGACGCGGGCUUGUGGUGCAGAAGCUGGAGCCUGUGUUGCGUUUGCUUCUCCCCACGGACAGCUCUGUGCCAAUAGCGCUUCAUGGGUUACAGGCAAUCGAGCGACGCAAUUUUGAUUCCAAAAGUUGCCGUGGCGACGGCCAACCCUCAGGUGAGGUGAUGACACGAAUGGACGAUGGCGCCGUCAGUGAUCUCGACGAGUCUGUGUUCAGAAGAGACGACCACACACAGGGGACGAGGUUUGGAUUUAACGUCCUGGCGUCUUAAAUUUAUUGACCUAAAAUAAUUAAAGUACAGUAUUGGUUAUGUUAAAAUGGGCUCUACUGAAUUAUUCUUUCGUUUUUUUUUUUCGUACUUUAAAGGGCCUGUUUAUUCCCUUGGGUUUGCAAUAUGUCUCCUCGCCCUCUUUUCAUCCGUUCUUUCAGCGUCAACUAUCCUGCCCGAAUUCUGCUCCUUGUCCGGUUUUCAUCCAGUUCAUCCAUCCUAGCAUCAACUGCACCCCAACCUGUCCUUUUAUCUCCAAACUCCAUUUCUGCUCCAUCCCUUCGUCUUCCAUGUAUUGCCUUCCUGUUGUGCAGUUACAAAGUUGUGAUUAAGGAAACAUGAUAACAAUUCUAACGCAACGUGACCUCAUUUAGAAAUUAAAAUAUUUAUAGUGAGCGUUUCUUGAAGCAAUGAUGACAUGGUGUAAUCAGGGUCAUAGAGUGAGAUUAAUUAAGUAAUGCAGUUGGGCUAUCAGAAGCAUCAUGGGUAAAUGUUACGUUGAACGGAAAUGCGAACUGAGUUACGACUUCGCAACUAUUAAUAAGUUAUUUGAUGUAGAAAUAGCAAUUUCAUAAUAAUAUAACAUUUAUUGGCUGAAGAGGUUGCAAAUCUCUGAUUUCGAGCAUUAGCUAACCGCUGAAUACUGUUACGAUGUUGAUCAAAUAAAUUUGUAUCUUACCACAUGCGCUCCGAGCUGGAUAAAAGUUCUCAAAGCAUAAGCAAGGUAGUU